AUGUCAAACCUCCAUCCCUUUGAUAUCGCCAAGUGUGCGCGGCCGAACAUUCUGGCUUUGAAGCCUUACACAACCAUGAGGGAUGACUACUCUAGCAACGCCGACGUUACUCUCCUCGAUGCUAACGAGAAUGCCUUUGGCCCCAGCAUUGCUUCGGAGCUAUCUACCUCGACGUGCGGAUCUGGCGUGACCAUUCAAUCAGCUCUUGAUCCCAAGGAAUUGCAAUUGCACCGCUAUCCCGAUGCACAGCAGACACCCUUGAAGCAACUAUUCUGUGACCUCCGCAACACAUCUCAAUCUCCAGAUGCAGCCGCCAAGCCAUUGAAACCAGAGAAUGUCUGUCUCGGCGUCGGUUCCGAUGAAUCGAUCGAUGGUAUAAUCCGCGCUUUCUGUACUCCUGGCAAGGACAAGAUUCUAAUCGUCUGCGUAAAUCUCGACACCGAGAAUGGCUUUUCACUCCGUUCCAGCGUCACCAACGAAACUUUAUCCAACGACCCAUUGAUCAAAGUCGUCUUCCUCUGCUCACCACAGAAUCCAACUGGAAAUCUUCUUCUUAGGCCCGAUAUAGUGCAGGUCAUUCUGGCUGCUGAAGUCAACGCAUGGCCGAAUCUCAUUGUCACGAGCACGCUCAGUAAAGCAUUCGGCUUUGCCGCCAUCCGGCUAGGCGUUACCUUUUCUCAACCCCAGAUUUCUCAGCUAUUGAACAACCUCAAAGGCCCAUAUAACAUGUCCGCCCCUACCAUUGCUCUUGCGACGCUGGCGCUCCAGCCAGAGGGAAUAGCACUGAUGAAAGAAAAUCGAGUAAGGAUGUUCGAGCAACGUGCUCGAUUACUGCAGGAGCUCCCCAAGAUUCCUGGCUUUGGCAAGUUCCUUGGUGGUUUCAAUACCAAUUUCAUUUUGGUGCAGUUUCUGAGCAAACCUGCGGACCAAGGAGGCAUUCCCGACAACGUCAUUGCCCAAGCUCUUCUACAUGCCCUGGUGACGAAGUCAAGAAUUCUGGUGCGUUAUCGUGGCAAAGAGGCAGGCUGUGUUGGCAGUCUAAGGAUUACAAAAGGAACCGGGGAGGAGGUUGAUACUAUUCUAUUGCAGAUUAGGACUGCGCUUGAGGAGGCGUAUGCUCGUGAAUUUCCCAUGCCAUAAGACUCUUUGAUCCUAAGACAUCUGUAUUCAAUAGAGUAAAGCAAUCUUAAGAUGUCGCGAGGG